CCCUCUCCUGCCGAACACGAGGGUUCACAGAUGUCUGCAAUGAGCACCGGAGAAAACGUUAUUGAUAAUCCUUUUAAAGAGAUACGCAGGAUAUCGUGAUGUGCAGCGAAAUCCAGUUAUAUAAAUAUCGUGGAAAGUGCGCCCAAAAUCAUGAAUAAUAUAACUAAAAGACCAUUAGUCAUUAGUAUCUCCAUCAUACUGUAUUAUUUUAGGAUUAUUUUGGCUGAAAACACACUAGAAGGGCUAGAAACUUACACAAAAAAUGUAUCUACGCUAAUGAGAGAUAAAGAAUCCAAGGCAACGCGGGACAACAGUAAAAUGAUGUCUCACAGGACAGAAGCUACACAACCAGCACCGGCACCAGAAUUAGAAGCAAGUGACAUUUCAUCAGAGUUCAAUGCUAAUUCCCACUACAUUUCCUUUCCUAUCAUGAGUACGCCAUACUUAAGCACAUCAGUUUCCACAAAUGAUCACGAUUUACAAAUCAACAAUACCGGAGAAUUUCUGAUCGAAAAAGCUCCAUCUAAUAAAAAUUCAUUUCUCAUGUCAAGUACUAAGAUUGAAAUAUCCUCAUCCUAUUUGUUAGACGAUUCAUCUUAUUUAUUUAGAGAUUCAUCAUAUUUAUUAGAAAAUUCAUUUUAUUUAUUAGAAGACUCAAAUCUGAUUGAAAGGCCUGCAGCUACUGAGGUGAACUCUUAUUCAGUUAUUCCAUCUUCAAAAACAAUACAAACGCAUAUAUAUAGUUCAUUUGAAACUCAAACACAUAGUCAUCUAAAGGAACAUCAUAGCAGUGCACGAAAUGAAUUUUCAAGUGAAAAAGAUCCAGUAACUGAAAUCCAUAGUUUCUUAUCAGCAGAUUCAGAGAAUUCAUUACUUUCAUUUUCUGUGGAUGAAAUUCGAACAUUCAGCAAAAAACCACUUAGUUUAGUUCAAUAUAAGACACCAGAUAUGACAAUUUUAUCUCAAGCAUCAACAUCAGAAAAACCAGUGACAGAUUCCAACCAAGAAAGAAGUGAAUACUUAAAGGACAACAAAAGCAUAGAGGUUGUCCCUUCUUCAAUUUCGAGCAGUUUAAUGGUUGAAUCACAUCCCAUUCCAUUUACUAAUAGCAUAUCAGAAGAACCUGAAGCCUCAUACACUACUCCAUUACAAAAAAAUAAUUCUCAAAAUAAAAACACUAUUGAUAAAUUAUUUCAUUCAGAUAGUCUACAGGAAAUUUUUCAAACAUCUGUAUCAUCAUCGAAAUCUGAAAGUAUUGCAUCUAAGUUGUCUAACACAGCAGAGUUUCACGAAAUCGUUGAAGAUACAGAUUUGCUAAAAAAUAAGAGUUCUAGAAAGGAAGACCGUGAAAUCGACGAUAUCAUCAGUGGUAUUAUUCACCUUUUAGCAGGUAAUGUGCAGCUUGUUCGACCUGCACCUAAUAUUAUAUCGACUCGCCCACAACAGAUAGUUCCUGUACCUUCAACAAGAAUAAACAACAGAGGUCCUAUAAAAUCUAUUCCAUUCAGUCGAACGGUAGUUGUCUUUUCACAGCCUCAUAAUCACGUUAAUGUAGCAACACAGCCAUUACCAAGUAAUAUUUUACCUUCAUUGGCAGGAGGAUCCCAUCAUAUUCGACCAUCUACUAAAGCAGGUGGAAUAACUCCAACUGCUGUAUCUGUUAUUCAUUUCUACAAACCAGUGACAAAAUUAACUCCGAGUAAACAGGGGCAUGUACCAUUUAUUGGAGAAAUAUUUACGUCAGAAAACAAACACGUUCAUUCAAAAUUACCUGCAGUAAACGAGAAUGAGAAAGUAGUUUUGCCCAUUCUCACGGAAGUUUCUAAACUGCAGAAUGAGAAAAUCGGUGGUGAAAACACGUAUUCCCAUUUCAUUUUUUCCGAUGCUGCUGAUUCUUCAGUAGUAUUUGUUGUUUCUUCUCCUUCUUCUAAAUUUCAGCCGAAUGCAUAUAUGCCAACAACAGAUACAAAUUCAAAUUCAGCUGCAAAAAUUUCACCCACUAAAACAUUUGAAGUACUUACUGAUGCAACAAGUCAAAAGACACCCGUGCCUUUUAAAACUUUAACCGAUUUCCUUUCGAAACCUUCCGAAAUUUCUGAUACAGAUGAAAUGCUCCCACAAGGAAGCAUACAAACUUUAAGCGCCCAAAAUUUAUCUUUCGAAACAGAUCAUGUACCUGUUGGGCCAAUAACGGAUUGGGUACCUAUAUUUGAGAGGCCAUCAAUGAAAUUCAAGCCAGUGUCCAUAAGUGCUAGUCAGUCCCCAGGUUCAACUAUUUCUAAUAAUGAUGUAUCUAUCAUAGUGGAGCCAGUAAUGUUUGAUCUCACUGUAGGCAACUCAUUAAACGAGAUACAAAACUCUGAAAUUCCAACAACACAGAGUAAAUCAACAUCCAUUCAGUCAGAGUCAUCAAGCUCGGAGCUUCCAAGGUUAUCUACCUCCACUAAUGAUGGGAAAGAACUCAUAGUAUCCCAAACAAUUACGCAAAAUAAACUUGCCUUACAGGAGUCUUCGAAGGAUGUGUCAUUUACAGAAGGAAAUAACAUUAGUCACGCUCCAUCUACUUCCGAAUUCAAUAUCAAAAGCCAAAUUUCAUCUCAGAUGUUUACACACGAAUUAAGCAAUUCCUAUAUAAGGGAAAGAACUCAAAGUUUAAAGAUAGAUGAUGAUAUAUCACAUGUGUCAUCAACUUACUAUGCAAUAAUAAACACUGCGACAAGUAAAAAUGAUUCUUUCCUACCCUUGUACGAAGCAACUUCAACAUUAAGUUCUUUCUUCCCAACACGGUCUAGCAUAUCUGCACCAUUACAACCAAGCGUGCAACUACCUUUAGGACGGCCAUUUGUGGUACCUGUAGACAUGGAAGGAGUUCACCCGUUUGUAGGUGCUAUCAAUCCUGUCGGUCAAGAUUGGCCAUGGAUAUCACCUACAUAUUAUCCAGGAGCAUUUCCUUCUUCUGGAAUUCAAGGUCAGCGUCCUAGGAUUGACAUUAAUGACAAUUCCAGAGAAAGACCAAUUCAAGCUACAGCUUCCAUAAAACCAAGUCUAACACCUAUCAUUCGAGGGCAACCACGACCGAGACCAAACACGAUCAGGAUAGAUACUUGCAUCGUUGGAGAUGACAGCACUUGUGACAAUAAAAUGAAUGAAACUUGCAAAACUGAACAGGGAAUUAGUUCAUGCCACUGCCGUCCAGGAUUUGCGAGAUCUUACACACGUGGACCUUGUAUCCCUAUCGUAUCAAUAAUGUUUUCCAUGAAAGUUGACCGAUUUAAGAACACAAAGAUAUCAUUCUCCACAAAGUAUUUGGACAGAAACUCGGACGAAUAUCGUAUGAUGGAAUAUGAAGCUAGAAAAGGACUAUCAUCAUUGUUUUCGCAAACAGCUUUUUCGAGGACAUUCCUUGGUUUGACAGUCAAUAUGUUUUAUCAUAUCGGAGGAAAAUUAAUAAUCAACUCUACAGUCUUCUUAGAAGAAAAAGAAUCUACUAGAACGCAGUCUGUUCGAUUAAGGUUGAGACAAGAAAUUGCUGAAUCUUUAAAGAGGAGAAAUCAAAACAUUGGAGAUAGUCAUCUUUCUGUCGAUGGUUCUUUGAGUCCUCUUAUUGCUAUUGAAGAUGUCAAUGAAUGCUCAGAUUCGAACCUAAAUGAUUGUGCUGUUGAUGCUAUAUGUUUAAAUGUUUUCGGUACAUUCUUGUGUAGAUGUAAGACAGGAUACGUCGACCCUUUCAUUCAUAACGAGCGUCAGAGGGGCAGGAGAUGUUCUGCUUGUUCACCAGAGUACUGCUCUUUUCACGGCCAGUGUUUUGUUGAAAAAGAACAAAAACAUUGCAAAUGCCAAGGCAAUUACAUCGGAUCCCGAUGCGAAAUAGAUGGAGAAGUUCUUGGAGUAGCUUUGGGAGCAUCUUUAGCUGCCAUCAUUAUCAUUCUACUAACGCUUGCCUGUCUUUGCAUUUGGAACCGUAAAUGGAAACAACAACAACAAAAAGCCGAAGUUCUUUCAGCAAGAUCUUACAACAGCAAUCAGACAUUCAGCUAUAUGAGCAACAUCAUGAAUGCAAAUGCAAACGCAUACCAGUUGACUAUGGAAGACAGAAUGAGGUGGGCACACAUAUCUGACGUUGCAAAGAAUGUGUCGGUGCAACCAAAUCCAGAGUUGCCGUAUGUCUCAUCAGUGCCACCAAUAGAUCAAAGUGGAUUUCAAGCCCGUUGCCAAUUACCGGGCGAAGAUGAAGCAUCGUGGUAUGAUUAUCGCACCCGACCACGUUCACGGAUGCUUUCUCAUGCACCGGCUUCUUCAAGUGCCACGUACUAUGAAAUGGACAGUUCAGCUCGACUUCCAUACUUAGGAUCAAGUUAUCAUUCUUCCAAACGAUUCCAAAAUCCAGGUGCGAUGCUGAGAUACUGAAAUACUCUCAGACUACUGCUAAAAUAUUUAUACUUUAAAAGGGAUUUUUUUUUUUAAAUUUAUAGCGCUUACAUAAAUGCAGAUUAUUAAAGCUACUAUUUUUACGCAACCUAAAAAAAAGCAUGUACAUAUUUUUUUUCUGUUCUUACUUUUCCAUUUAUUGAACAGAAAAAUUAUGUAAAAUUACAAAUGUAUCAGUGAAAUUAAAUGUUUUGCAUAAUUUCAGGUCAUGAUUUAUUCUGUAAGUUCCCAAAGGAAAUAAAUUGGUUAAAAUAGUUACGAGAAACGUUCUUUAAGAAAUAUAAUGCGUAUUUUGCUUAAUAAGCACACUUUGCAUAAAGUAACAUGUUGAAUGCAAUAUAACACGUUUUAAAUAUUUGAUAGCUACUAAUCAGAACAUUUUUUUAAAAUAGGAAGAGGAACGAGUAUCUCGGAAAUUUUUUAUUCACGUUUCAUACUCACGUUCAU